AUGGGGCUAAAGAACUACUUCAAAUCUUCCAAGAAACAGGACCAAAAGGAUGCUCCAGAAAGCGAGAAACCGCAAGAUGGAGCCGAAACUGGUGCGCCCACGCCAGGAAGCAUGCCGUAUGGAUCGUACAGCUACGGUACAUCUCGAGCCUCGCUGCAGUCUUCCGUGAAGUCCAACUUCAUGUCUGAACUCAAGCAAGAAGUGCAGGUCAACUACCUCUUCCAGCAACAAUGUACAGCUCGAUGGAUCGGCGACGGGGCUGGCGAGAAGGAGGGCGUACUUGUCCGUAAGGCACGAGACCAGUAUCUUGCUUGUCCGCCAGACCUCGUGGAUUCAGCCUUUGGCUAUGCGGUCACUGCAUUGAAUCUUCCUUGCUGCAUGACUGUCAACAGCCGAGUGAUCAAGACUUUCCUGUCAUGGGCUCCGAAUGCCGUGGAUGUGCCCCUGAAAAAUGGCCUACGAGUGCAGGUGCUACCGACGAUGGACGAUCUUGUCCGAGCAAGGAAGUUCCAGUUCGCGGCCUUCGUUGCCCACGAUGGCCUGUUGGUGGUCUGGGAUGAUGAUCCAACCAACCUCUUUCCUCGAGCACAGGCGAUCGAAUCCGAGUUGAUCGACAUGGUGUGGAAGACGAACGAUCCGCAAGCCGGUGAAGAGGAGGUCGUCAUGGAUGAGAAGAAGGUGCCCCGAGUGGCGGCCGUCAUGGUCGAUGAAGAGAGCGGAGAAAUGGCACCUGAAGCCAGACCCACACACUUGAUGAAUACCAUCCUGGUCGGUUUCACGCUCUUCCUGGUCACGACCAUGUUGGGCGCCGGCUUCAGGCAAAUCGCGGUCGAGGUGGUGGUUGACAAGCAGUAUCUUCGUUGCGCGUUUAUCCUCCUGACUCCCAUUCAAGUCUUCUUCACCCUGUUCUUCGCCCAAGUCAUCGUCGGGUGUCUCGCUCAGAUGAUCGGUCCCAUCAAACAGAUGAAACAGAAUAGCCGGUUCUACUCUGCCAUGCUUCCAGUAAGGCUGACCAGCAACCCGCUGCCCCACAUGACGAUCCAGUGCCCCGUGUACAAGGAAGGUCUCGCAUCCGUCAUCGCACCAACUGUCAAAUCGAUCAAGGCCGCCAUUUCGACUUAUGAGAUGCAAGGAGGCAGUGCGAACAUCCUGGUAAACGACGACGGUCUGCAGCUCCUGGAUGAGGAGGAACGCCAAGCGAGGAUCGAUUUCUAUGCCGACAACUGCAUUGGCUGGACGGCCCGACCCAAGCACGGAUCCGAUGGCUUCGUCAGAAAAGGCAAGUUCAAGAAGGCGUCCAACAUGAACUUUGGCUUGAUGAUUUCAAACAAUGUCGAGGCCAAACUCGCGGAAGUGGAACGACACGAAGAGUGGACGCAAACCGACGAAGCGAUCGAAUACGAGCGUUGCCUCGGCGAAGUCCUUGAAGAGCAUGGCAGAGCCUGGGCGGAUGGAAACGUUCGCAUUGGCGACUACAUCCUGAUCAUUGAUUCUGAUACUCGUGUUCCGGCCGACUGUCUGCUCGAUGCUGUUAGUGAGAUGGAGGCAUCGCCUGAAGUGGCCAUCAUGCAAUUCGCUUCCGGCGUCAUGCAAGUCGUGCACAACUACUUCGAAAACGGCAUCACCUUCUUCACCAACCUCAUCUAUACGGCUAUUCGAUACACGGUCAGCAACGGAGACGUUGCACCAUUCGUCGGACACAAUGCGAUUCUGCGAUGGUCAGCCAUCCAGGAGAUUGGCUACUUUGACGACGACGGCUACGAAAAGUUCUGGUCUGAGGCUCACGUGUCUGAGGAUUUUGAGAUGUCGCUGAAGCUGCAGUGCAAUGGCUACAUCAUCCGUCUCGCCGCGUGGGAUCAGGGUGGUUUCAAGGAGGGCGUCUCCCUGACGGUGUACGACGAACUGGCCAGAUGGGAGAAGUAUGCCUAUGGAUGCAACGAACUCCUCUUCCACCCCAUGCGAACCUGGUUCUGGCGCGGCCCCUUCACGCCCCUCUUCCGCCAAUUCCUCUUCUCCAACAUCCGCAUCACCUCCAAAAUCACAAUCAUCUCCUACAUCGGCACCUACUACGCCAUCGGCGCCGCCUGGAUCUUGACCGUCGCCAACUACUUCGCUAUAGGCUGGUUUAACGGCUACCUCGACAAAUACUACAUCGACUCCUGGAAAGUGUGGUUCUCCAUCGUUAUCGUCUUCAACGGCCUCGGAAACCUCUCCCUCGCCGUAAUGCGCUACCGCAUCGGCGAACGCACCUUCUUCAACGCGCUCCUCGAAAACCUCAAAUGGACCUUCCUCCUCGCCAUCUUCCUCGGCGGCCUCUCCCUCCACGUCUCUCAAGCCCUCCUCUCGCACAUGUUCGAGAUCAACAUGACCUGGGGCGCGACGGCGAAAGAACUCGAAUUCUCCAACUUCUUCAUCGAGGUGCCCAAAGUCCUGAAGCGGUUCAAGGGCAGUUUUGCGUUUUCCAUCUUCGUCAUCAUCAUGAUGAUCGUGUUGGCCGUCGGGCCGUUUAUUCCUUACAGCUGGAGGAUUGAUGAUUUCAUUGCGAUUUUGCCGAUGAGCACGGUGGCGGUUAGCCAUUUGUUGUUGCCGAUUGCGUUGAAUCCGGCUUUGAUGACGUUUACGUUUUAG